AUGACAUUUCCGGAAGAAUCUCACGAAAAAUGUGUCCCAAAAUCAGAAGCCAGUGAUAUAUAUCUGAGUUGUGGGACAAAUGAAAGGAUUGCUAUUUAUGAGGCAUUCUUCACCACAUCUGCGAGGCAUCGGUGCUCUCAGUCCUAUACAGUCAUCACUGAAAGCACAACUCAAAUAAGCGAAGAGGAGGACAACAACAACAAGUAUGCCUUUCCUCGACUGCCAUCCGCCUGUACUGACGACAUACGACUCUCAUUGAACCGAAGACUUUAUCAGAUAGUGUGGGAGAGGGGCGUCGUGUGGGUGGUCUACCGUCUUGGAUGUGCAUAUAAUCAACAUAUACUUCACGUAUGUUCGAGUGCUCCGAAUUGUAGCUUCAAUUUCAUCAAACAUCACAAUCACGGCUGCAUUGGAGAGGACGGCUCUGUUAUAAUCAGAUACACCUGUAUAUCCGAAAAUAAAUUUCAUCCCUUUUGUAACUUAAACCUAUCGGACAGCUAUGGAUACGUAUCCACUCCUGGUUAUCCUCGAUUUUAUCCUCCAUAUGAGAGUUGUGUGUGGAAUAUAAAGGGCUCUGAAGGACAAGUCAUACAAAUUGAUAUAUUGGAUGUGGCCAUCAAAGAGCCAGACUCUAAAUACUCUGUCGGUAAUCGCAAGAAAGUUCACUACCAGUGCACUGAUAGCCUCACUCUCAGAGAAUCCAAAUCUCAAACGUUGACAUUAUGUGGUGAAGUGAAGUCGAAUUUACUUCAAUACAGAACCAAAUCUAAUGCUCUGACCAUAGAAUUCACUGCUUUUGAAUUCUCGCCAACGCGUGGAAUACUAUUCAGAUAUUCAUAUACGAGAAAAAAUAAAUUUCAUCCCUUUUGUAACUUAAACCUAUCGGACAGCUAUGGAUACGUAUCCACUCCUGGUUAUCCUCGAUUUUAUCCUCCAUAUGAGAGUUGUGUGUGGAAUAUAAAGGGCUCUGAAGGACAAGUCAUACAAAUUGAUAUAUUGGAUGUGGCCAUCAAAGAGCCAGACUCUAAAUACUCUGUCGGUAAUCGCAAGAAAGUUCACUACCAGUGCACUGAUAGCCUCACUCUCAGAGAAUCCAAAUCUCAAACGUUGACAUUAUGUGGUGAAGUGAAGUCUAAUUUACUUCAAUACAGAACCAAAUCUAAUGCUCUGACCAUAGAAUUCACUGCUUUUGAAUUCUCGCCAACGCGUGGAAUACUAUUCAGAUAUUCAUCUUGGAUUGAGCAAAUACAAAACUGUCCGACACUUCCGGCGCCCAAAAAUGGUCACUUAAUUACGAGAAACGGAAGUUUUGCAUAUUAUAGCUGUUGUAUGGAUUAUGUGUUCGAAGACACCAAACAAACGGACAAAGUAUUGUAUUGUCAAUAUGGAAAUCAUUGGAAUUCUAGUCUUUCUAAAUGUGUU